AUGAAGUUGUUGGCUGUAAGUUUUUUGAUUUUUUCAACUAUAAUUAAUUGCUAUUAUGCAAAUGUGCCGAAUGGAAAUCGCACCCUGAAUGUCAAGCCUACAUGUAACAAGUCAGGAAAAACUGGAAGUGGCAAUAAUGAGAAUAAUAGUAUAGACAAUAGUGCAGACAAUUCAGUAGGAGGUGGAGGAGCUGAUGAAAAUAAUGGCAACUCAGAUGAUAACAACAAAAAUGAAAAUAAUGAGGGUGUAAAAGAUGAUAGUAGUAACAUUAAGGAAAAAGAAGCAAAACAGACUUGUGAUGCAUCUGCAAACAGAGAUUUUCAAAAUAUGAUGAAACCUUUUAACGAUAUGUUAGAACGAGGAAAAUUAAAUAACAUGAAUUUAGAAAAUCUUCUAAACAGUGAAAUAUUUCAGGGAAAAGGGGGAAAAUUAAAUAUAGAAAAUAUUUUAAAUAAUGAAAUAUUUCAUUCGUUCCUUAGUUCGUUAGACGGUGAUAAAAAGUCAGGUGAUAAUAAUAAUAAUGAUGAUAGUAGGGCUAGUACAUAUGGUGCUUUAUUUAAAGAUAUGUUGAGUUCGUUUAAUAAUUCUAACUUGAAUAAUAAAGGAGAAAAUGGAGUAGAAGGAGAAGAUGGAACAAAGGGUAGCGAAAAUAAGGGAAAAAAUAUUCAGUUAACCCCGGAACAACUUAAUAAAAUUAAUGAGUUAAAAGAUAGAUUAGAAAAUGUUUUAAAAAAUGCAGGAGUUGAUGUAGAAAAAAUAAAAGAAAAUAUUCAAAAUGAUGACUUUUUAAAAAAUAAAGAAUUUUUAAAAGAUAUUCUUGCAAAACUUCCAGUAAAUGCACCAAUUAUGAAUUUUGGGGAUAAACAUAAUGGAAAUAUGUUUAACUUAGAUACAGUAGAUAUGAUGAAUAUGUUAAAAAAAGUGAACAAAGGUGAUAAAAUGGGUUUGAACAUAGAAGAUGAUGACUCAACAAAAAUUGGAAAAGAUGAUGAAGCGUAUGAAUAUGAUGAGGAUGCUGUUGUUACUGAUGAAAAUAAUGAUAUAAAUACAAAUAGUUUUAACGCAGAUCAGUAUUUACUAAACUCAAACAAAGAUAUAUCAUUAGUAGAUAGACUAAGUUUCAAUAAUUUUGUUUCUAAUGAUAAAAAAUUUGAUUGUUUUGAUAUAAACACAUAUAAACCUAGUCUAGGUGGUAAUAAGGUAGACGUUACUGCAAACAGUAUCAAUAGAAAAUUAUCUGAUGGGGAUUCUUUAGAAGAUUAUGAUGAAUCAAACAAUUCAAAUAUUAAUGUUACAGAUAACAAUGGAUCAAACGGUAGUAAUCAUAUUAGUAGUAGUAGUAGUAGUAGUGGUAAUUCUGCAGGAGGAGAUAAGGAGGAAUUAAUAGCAUCAUCGUCAGGUGCAGGAAAAAACUCAAACCAAAUGACAAAUUCUGUUAUUGGAGGUAAUCAUUUUUUUGAUUUGAGCAAUGUACAGAAGCCGAAAUCAUCUAAAAAAUCAUCAUUGUAUGGUGCAAAGAAAGGAAUUAAGAAGGGAAAACAUCGUAAAGGAGGUAAGAGAAAGAAAAAAAAUAAAAAAAGAAAUCCUGGUCAAGUACCUUUCAAAAUGGACACUUUAAAAGAAACAGUAAGAGGUAUUAAUAAUCCUAAUAGUAGAGAAAUGAUUGAAGGAAUUAUAAAAAAAUAUAUAUCUUUGACUCCAGAUGAUGGUGAUGAUGACGAUGAUGACGAUAAUGAAAAUGGAGGAAAUGAUAAUGCAAACCAAGGAGAAAGUGGUGAUGGUAAUAAGGAGGAUGAAUUAAAUAUAAACGAAUUUAGUAUAAAAGAUAUUAAAAAAUUAAUUUCAGAUGGUAUAUUAACAUAUGAAGACUUAACUGAAGAAGAAUUGAGAAAAUUAGCUUCACCUGAUAAGGUAUUUUAUGAGUUAUCUCCAUAUGCAACAGAGGAUAAAGACUUAUCCAUAAAUGAAACUUCUGCUGUAUCAAAUGAACAACUAAAUGCAUUUUUAAAAAAGAACGGACAAUAUCAUAUGAGUUAUGAUUCUAAAAAUAUUGACUAUUUGAAACAAAAGAAAUCAGAAAAGAAAGAAGAAGAUCAAGAAGAAGAUACCUUCUAUGAUGCAUAUAAACAAAUUAAAAAUUCCUAUCUUGGUAUUCCAUCAAAUUAUUAUCAUGAAGCUCCUCAAUUAGUUGGAAACAAUUAUGUAUUUACUUCUGUAUAUGAUAAAAAACAAGAUUUAAUUAAUUUCUUAAAACGAAGUAAUGGUAUGACCGUGGAUGAUGCUGUUAACGGUUCGGGAACAGGUUCAACUCCAUAUAAAUCCAAAUUUUAUGACAAAUAUUAUAAAAAAUUAAGUGAAUAUAGAAGAAGAGAAGCUUUUAAAAUACUUAAAAAACAAAAGGAUAAGGAGAAACAAUUAAAAUUAAAACAAAAAUUGGAAAAUGAAGAAAAAGACGAUCUGAAUAAUUUUUCACCAAAAAAUAAACUUGCUGGUAAUGCCAGUGAUAAUUAUGGUGUUCAAGUCUUUUCAAAAGAUCAACUUGAAAACUUUGUAAAAAAUUUUAAUAGUCAAAAUAAUAGUGAUAUUCUAAGCAAUUCAGGUCAAACAAGUAUGAACAAUAAUACAAACAAUAAUAAUAGCACAAAUGACAGUGAAUCAUCAUUUAAUAAUGGUUCAAAUGGUUUUGUUACAUUCGAUGGAAAGGAUGUAGUUGGAUCAUCGAGCAAUGAAGAUACCAGUGUAGAUGAAAAUGAUCAGGUGUUGAAUGAAGAAGAGGAUUUGAACGAGGACGACGAUGAUUAA